AUGGCUGAAGCAUUAAAGAAUGUCAUUGCUCAGAGUCUGGAGUGUCCUGUAUGUCUGAAUACCUUCACCGAUCCCAAGAUCCUGUCUUGUUCUCACACCUACUGCAAGGCCUGUCUGGACAACCUCUUGGAAUGCCAUGGUAACAACCAGAUGCUCCAAUGCCCUGUCUGCAGAGCUGAAACUAAGGUCCCAAACCAAGAUGUCAGCAAGUUACCAGCAAAUCUAGCUUUGAAGCCUCUCAUAGAGGACGUGAAGAAUCAAUAUCAGUUUUGCACAAAUUGUAAAUCCGAGGACAAGCCCCGAGCUGUUGUCUACUGUCAAGACUGUGGCAAAUAUCUCUGUAUUCCUUGCCACAAUGCACAUUCUUUGUGGCAAAACUUCAUAAGUCAUGAGGUCCUAGCAAUGAGUGAGAUCGUAUCAGGGAAGGUGUCAGUACGAAGAUACCGUAAAUGUAGGAAACACCCUAAAGAGGAUGAGGAGUGCUUCUGUUCCAAUUGCAGGAGAUUUGCCUGCUUCAGGUGUGUUAACAUGGAGCAUACAAAUGAAGGACAUCGGGUCAUCGAGGCAGCUGUUUAUGAAAGCAACCAUGUGAAGAGUAUCAAGGACCUAAAAUCAAAGGCGGACAAGAAACGCUCUUGCUUUCAGAAAUACAUUGAUUUCAUUGAUGAACAGAAGGAGCGUGUGAGCAAUGUUCAGAAGCAGUGUACAGAUGAUAUCAACAAAGCAUAUGAAGAAUCAGUCCGGCAAUUGACUGAGAAGAAAGAACUCCUCAUUGUUGAGGUCAAGGAUAGGACUGAAGGAGUAGAGAAAGAACUGGACGAAAUGAAGAAAUCGGCUCAGGAGCACAUCACUCACUUGACCACCAUAGCUGACAUGGUAACCAAUCGGACAAACAUACCGUCAGAUAUGGAUGCUUUGGCUGCACACGACACUGUAUGUCAAGACUUACAAGAGGCUUUCAAACAAGAAGAUCCUGACUAUAAGCAGCCGAGGCAAUUGAGCAAGAAAGGAAAAAGUGUCAAUUUUAAGAGAAACGUUGGAAUGGAUGAGCUAGGUCUUGGUAAGAUUGUAAAUGCAGUUGCAACAAAGAACAUUGCUUUGCCUACUAAGAAUAGCAUGCAUGCCAUGGUUAGUACACCAGAUGGUAGGAUGGCAGUAGGAUGUAUUACAGGGGGUGUGGAGAUCUUCUCUGCUGAUGGUCAGCACCAGCAGACAGUUCUCAAGGAUGUUAAGAUUCAUGGACUAGGGUUCCUCUCUGAUGGUCGGUAUGUUAUACUUGAUCGUUCAAACAAUAUCACACUGUACACACUAGAGUACACAAAGUUGAAUGUAAUGCUUGGGAAUCUGAGUCGCUGUGAAGAAAGAUUGACUAACCUCACUUUAGACAGUGAUGAUCAGAUCUAUAUUAACUACUGGAUAGCUGAAAAGAUCAAGGUGUUCUCACCAGCAGGUGGUAAGGCGAUCAGAGAGAUACUAUGUGAUGGUUAUGAACCUGAGCAGAUUACUAGUUAUAAUGAUUACCUGAUCAUCACAUCUGCCGACACGAUACGAUUGAUUGACAAACAAGGUGUUGUAAAAUACAAAUUAACAAAAUUAGGUGAUGAUCUAUAUCCUGCGGUGUCUCAGAGGAAUACAAUCCUGAUAGCCACCGUGAAGCACCAUGUAGGUUUGGUCAGCAUUGAUGAGUACACUAACGAGCUGAAGCAUGUCAAGAACCUCGUCAUUGAUUACAAGAUUGAGAAGCCUGAGAGAUGGUGGUACUAUCUCCAGCAGUACCGAUCAGGAGAGAUCGCUUUCUGUACUUCUGAUAGACUCUACAUAUUCGACUGAAAAUAAUGGAUGACUCCCUAUUUCUUACAUUUAUCAGUAAGUCAACAUGCCACGGUGAGGGCUCUUGUCCUUUCCAGACUAGACUACUGCAACAGUCUCUUCUUAGCCAGAGGGACCUUGAUCGCCUUCAGAGACUCCAAAACUCAGCGGCAAGGCUUGUCUUUUCUGCUCCUCUUCGGACUUACUAACAACCUUUUUCGACUUGAACUUCAUUGGCUGCCUGUACAACAGAGAAUAGCUUUUAAAAACCUACAACUGGUCUUCAAGUCUCUCAACCACCGAUGUCCCCAGAACAUAGCUGCCUGCCUGGUUUGUAGUCCUCGAGUCAGAAAUAUCCGCUCAUCAUCAUCCAUCUGGCUCACUCAGAGUCUCUCUAAGAAACAUGCUGGUGAAUUGUCUUUUCCAUCGGUUGCUGCAAAAAUUUGGAACCAGCUACCUACUGCUGUGCAGAAGGCCUCAUCAGUUGACCACUUCAAGAAAUUACUAAAGUCACAUCUAUUCUGCUAGAAAUUACUUUAUUAUCAGCCUACAU